CGCGCGGCCGGGCGGGCGCCCUCGGGGCUUUAAAUGAGGCCUUCCUAGGCGCGCAGCAGUGAGUUCGGCAAAGCGUGUGUAGAGGGGUCGGCUUUUCCCCGGGCCAGAGCUGCUUGGGACCCUGAGUUGAAUGUAGAUUCUAGGAAGGAUCCCAUGCUCACUACCUUGGAGCCUUCACUGCCAGGCUGGACUCUUGUGGGCUAGAGUGGAGAGAGCUAGGAAGAUGAGCUCUAGCGUAACCAUGGGUGAACCAAGGCUGAACUGGGAUGUUACACCCAAAAAUGGCCUUAAAGCAUUUUUCUCUCCAGAAAAUUAUAAAGAUCAUUCCAUGGCUCCAAGUUUAAAAGAACUCUAUAUUUUGUCUAACAGACGUAUAGGAGAAAAUUUGAAUGUCUCAGCAAGUUCUGUAGAAAAUGAGCCUGCAGUUAGUUCAGCAACUCAAGCAAAGGAAAAAGUUGGGAUGAUUCUCCUUCCAAAACCAAGAGUUCCUUAUCCUCGUUUCUCUCGGUUCUCACAGAGAGAGCAGAGGGCUUACGUGGAUUUGUUGGCUAAAUAUGCAAAGAUCCCCUCAAGUUCCAAAGCUGCUGGGACAAAUACAAGUGAAUUCCUGCAGUAUUUGGAUAUGAAAAAGCAUGUGAAUGAAGAAGUUAAUGAAUUCCUUAAGUUUCUGCAGAAUUCUGCAAAGAAAUGUGCACAGGAUUAUAAUAUGCUGUCUGAUGAGGCCCGUCUCUUCACAGAGCAAAUUCUAAGAGCUUGCAUUGAGCAAGUGAAAAAGUACCCAGAAUUUUAUACUCUCCAUGAAGUCACCAGCCUAAUGGGAUUCUUUCCUUUCAAAACAGAGAUGGGGCUGAAGUUAGAAAAGACUCUUCUUGUUUUGGGCAGCGCAAAGUUUGUAAAAACAUCAUUUCCCUCGAUGCCUGUGAAGUUGCAGCUUUCAAAUGAUGGCAUGUCUUCCAUUGAGACCCCACAGCAGAAAGCUGAAGCUAUGCACUACGAUAUUAGUAAAGACCCGAAUGCAGAGAAGCUUGUUUCAAGAUACCAUCCGCAGAUAGCUCUGACUAGCCAGGCAUUAUUCACCUUGCUCAAUAACCAUGGACCAAGCUACAAGGAACAGUGGGAAAUCCCAGUGUGUGUUCAGAUGAUAACUGUGGAAGGUUCCAAACCAGUUAAAGUAAUUUAUAUUAAUUCACCACUUCCCCGAAAGCAAAUGACAAUGAGAGAAAGAAAUCAACUCUUCCAUGAAGUUCCAUUAAAACAUGUACUAUCAAAAAACACAUCUGUCCCAGUCUCUGCAGUCUUUAUGGACAAACCAGAAGAGUGCACCUCUGAGAUGGAUAUACCCACUGAAUCUAAUGAGUGCCGAAAAAUUGAGACUCUGGAAAAUAUGGAUCUAGAUUUUGAUGAUGAUGUCACAGAACUUGAAACCUUUGGAGUAACUACCACUAAUUCAUCCAGGUCACCAAGUUCAGAAAGUGACUCCUCUGUACCCAUCUUGACAGAUGUCUACACAGCCCCAAAAGUAGCAGCUGCACCUGUGGUACCAGCUACACCAGAGGUACCAGCUUCACCAAACAUUACUGAGGAUUCUAGAAGUUUAUGUCAGAUGCUGAUGAAACAAUUACAGAAGGAGAAACAGCUGUUCUCUGGUGUGGAAAGUGGUCCUGAAGGGUGCAGAAAUAAAGAGGAUCAGGGACAGGAAUCAUGUCAUGAAGAGGUUCCCAGUGCCAGUGCAAAGUCUUUAGUACAAGACAAUGAAGUCCACAAAACAUCUGAUGGAAUCUCUAAGGAAGGCCAUGUAGGUAUGUUUUGUACCCAUGAUAAAAGACCAAGUGUUCAGGGGAACCUUGACAAUGCCAACAGAACAGCUGCUGCAUCAGAAACAGCUGAAACUGAGAAAGGGAUUUCUUGUGGUAGUGAUACAGAUGAAGAUUGUUUAAUCAUUGAUACAGAGAGUAAAAGUAAUAGUGAUGGAAAAACAGCUGAUGUGGGUUCUAAACCAGCAAGUCCAAAAUCUUCAGCACAGCCUUCUGUGGGAAAACAGACUACUACUGUGGUUUCUGAAGAGUCUUGUGUUUUAAAGAAACCUAUCAAAAGAGUCUAUAAAAAAUUUGAUCCAGUUGGAGAAAUUCUAAAAAUGCAGGAUGAGCUUUUAAAGCCAGUUUCUAGGAAAAUGCCUGAGUUGUCCUUGAUUAAUUCAGAAGAAUCUAAACAACCAUCUGCUUCUGAGCAACCCUCUGCUACUUCAGAUGCCUCGAGCUGGCCAAAAUCCAGUUGGCCUUCUGCAUUUCAGAAGCCUAAAGGACGAUUGCCAUAUGAACUUCAAGACUAUGUUGAAGAUACAUCAGAAUAUAUAGCUCCUCAAGAAGGAAAUUUUGUGUAUAAGUUGUUCAGCCUGCAAGACCUGUUGUUACUUGUGCGGUGCAGCGUCCAGAGGAUAGAGACAAGACCACGUUCCAAAAAACGGAAGAAGAUCAGAAGACAAUUUCCAGUUUACGUGCUACCAAAAGUAGAGUAUCAAGGUUGUUAUGGAGUUGAAGCUCUGACUGAAAGUGAGCUCUGUCGCUUCUGGACUGAAAGUUUAUUGCAUUCCAACUGCUCGUUUUAUGUUGAUAUGCAAGCAUAUGAGUGAGCAUGCAUACCCCUUUCUCGUCGUGAUGCUAGGCACAGACCCCAGGUCCUGUGAAUGGUAGGUAAGCACUCUACCUCUGAGCUGCACCCAUAACCCAGGAACAGACUUUCAAAUGCUGUAUUAAAAGUAUCCAUCAGGCAGGGUGUAGUGAUGUAUGCCUUUUACCCCAGCACUUGGGAGGCAGAGGCAGGUAGAUCUCUGUGAGUUCAAGGCCAGCCUGGUCUACAAAGGGAAUUCCAGGAUAGCCUAGGCUGUUACACUGAAACCCUGUCUCGGGACCCCCCCCCCCCCACACACACACAUACACAAGAAGUUUCCAUCAGUAUUAGGAGCUUGCAGUACUCUUAAGAUGAUUGCUCAAUGGAAUCACUUGAAGUGCUUGUCCUAGAGUGUCUGAUUGAGUAGUCAGAAUGGGAUCUGGGUCUUUACGUUUUAACACAAUCUCAGGUAAUAAUACGGCUUGUCUUUGGCACUCUGAGAACCACCAUAGCUCACAGUACAAUAAACACACUUGUUUUUUAUUUGUUUGUUUGUUUGUUUGUUUUCUUACUUUGCUAUAUGUAAAUAUGCUUACCUCCUUCUCUAGAUUACAGUGUCUUACCCAUUAUAAACCUUAAGAGUUACUCCUUUAAGAAAGCCUGUGGUCUCAUCAUAACUCCUCUAUCUACUAUCUAGUAGAUAUGGUAUGUCAAGAUACGAUAUUUAUCAGAUCAUUGAGUUGGCAUUCAGUCAGUCCUCACUUUACACAGUUCUUACAAGCAUGACCUCUGUUAAUGGAUGUAUAAUAAGAGUAGAAAUUGCAUAUAAACUUUACUGCCAGCUCCUCAGUCCACUAAUUAUGAUGUAGAGUACAGACAUAGAUGAGCAGUGACUGCCUGUGUCCCUUCAGUCUGCAUUAAUUGGUCAUUGUGUACCUCUUAGCAGGUCAUGUACAGAAAUCAAAUGUGUAGUGUGAUGCCUCCUUGUCUCCCCAUGGUCAGCCAUAAUGAGAUUUUAUGAGAAUAGAUAAUGAAAACAAGAAAUUGGCUAGCAAAGAUUAAGAUAAAGGGAAAAAAAGCAGAAAUAGAAAACUCUGAAAAGGUAAUAUCGCUGGAGAUUGUAAUCAAACUUGCAUGGAGCUGUAGAAGAAGUAGCUGCCUAGGAAUCCUAACACUGACACUGCUCGGGAGGCUGUUCAGUCGCUCCAGAGAAACUGGCUGAUGCCUAACCUACUGACGUGAACGAGGACAGUGGUGUGACAUCAGAUGAAGUGAUGCCGGCAUAGGUUUUAGUUAGGGGAAUUCUUGGAGACUAUGGGAGUUGAUCCUAACUUAGCCAAGAGUAUAGCAGUUGCCACAGUGGGGAAAGCUGCUUCUGUGUCAGAGGCUGUCCGAGAAGGCAGUGAGCACUGAUCAAACUACUCUGGGUAAAACUUUGGAAAAUGUAGAUUCAUGCUGGUUUUGAGGUUUUGAAUUGCAGUGUACUAAAUGCAUAUUUUUUCCAUAUUUUAUUUCUCUAAAUACUUAAAUUGAUUGAGAUUUUGUUUUGAUAAAACAUGUUAAAAUAGUGAAAUAAUUGUAAAUUUUCCUACUUAUUGUUACAAUACAUGAUUUCAGUCUGUACGAUUGUUUGUACAAACUUGUGCUGCAUGUAAAGCUAGGACUGACUCCCUAUGUAUGGGCUCUAUAUAAAUGAUGCAUGAACAUAAAGGCUUAAUUUCUGCUGUCUAAAGCAGUGCCUCCCAAAUGUACCUCAUCUUAAAGUAUGAUCUAAAACAGAGAUUGUUUAUGAACAAAGAACCAUGGCCAGAGCUUUCACUUUCUCAAAUCUGGCUCACGUGCCCCCAGACAGUGAAAAAACUCACUUGAGCCCUCAGGUUAGAAGGUUCCAGUGUUGAGAGUUCCCUCCUUGAGGAAGCAGGCCUUCAUAGAACUUAGGGCAGGACUCUGUGUAGUUCUUUGAUAGAUUGUAUUUGCUGGGUACUAUACUACAUACUUUUUAUGGUUGGGUUCUUUUAAAAAGGUAAGUGCUGUUAGUAGUCUCAAAUGUUUAUUUAUCAAACAUCAAAAAUACAUUAUUGCAUUUAAUAUUCUCUUUUUAUAGCUAUGAAACCAUUGAAAUGUCUAUUAUUAGAAAUGUCACAUAUAAUGAGCACUAGAAAUGGAGAGGUGAAACUAAAGUUGGCAUAAGAAAUAACAAGUGACUGGGGAUAAAUGGAUAUGUUGUCUUAGAGGGAAGACAUUUAGUAAAAAUGUUUCUAAUUAACUUCUUUGAGCAUAAAGCAAAUGAUAUUAAAGUAGGCUAGAUGUUGAAAUGAGAUAUUAAACUAUAUGCAAUUUUUGUAGUCUCAAUGACUGAUACCUACUUUCUGAGGAACUUGUUUCAACAAAAUUAGGAGCUAAAAGUAUAAAUAAAUCUAAAACAUUUUAUUCAACAUUGGUGGGUGCUACUCUUACCCUGUGAUGUUUUUAACCUUCAUACGGUAGUAGUAGCAUGCCCUUCCUGCUGACCCACGUGUGUUGCAUUUACCCUGAUCAGGAUCUCCUCUGUCACUUAGUACAUUGCAGCAGCUCAGUGCAUGUCUCAGCUUAUUUUGUUUUAAAGUUUGCACAUUACUUUCUACAACAGAAUGUAAUUUUAAUGAUAUAAUGUUUGAGAUUUUGUGAAUUACAGGUUUAUAUCAGGCAUACAAGAAAAUAAGACUUUGAAUAGAUUGCUUUACUCACAGAAACAUUUAUGAUUGCUUUAAUUUAAAAAAAUCUGUAUUUUUAUAGUCUAAGUUUUACAGUAAUGGUUUUUGAGACUUAUUGAGCAUGCCCAGUCCACAGAUUGGAUUUUUAACUGCUUAGUUAGUUACAUGGUAAGCUCAUGCUUCUCUUACAACGUCAUGAAGAUGCAGCUUUAGUGGGAACUAGAAACACCAAUGGCUGAGCAGUUUUGCUCUUAAAUUAAGGUUUGGAGGCAAUAAUCCUGUUUGGGGAAUUUGGGCAUGUGUCAACUUUCCUAUAUUCAGCAUAUAUUUUUAAAUGAAUGCAUGACGUAAUUUGUAUUUUAUAUCAUUGUAAAUUCAAGUUUACUUGAUAGCUAGUGAGAUCUAUUUCUCCUUUUAAAUAAUACAAAGUCCUUUAUAGUUUUUUAGAAAGUGUAAAAUCAUCUUUAUAUAGAGAGACUAGUUAACUAGUUCAUUUCGUGUUAUAAUCUCAGUGACUUGGGUUUCUUUAAGUUCAGUGUUUUCUUUUAGGGCAUAUUGAUGCAUUUACUUCAAAGCUUUUCAUGCUAGAAGAAAUCACCUCAGAAGAAUUAAAAGAAAAGCUUGCAGCACUCAAGUAAGGAAGUGCUUUGUGGUGGACCCUGAAAAGACUUCACUCCUGUAAUAUGGUCUCAGAUUUUCCUUUACCUCUAAAUAGUGAUGAUUGAUUUCUUUCAAGAUCUUGAGGGCCCCCCCCAACCCAAUUUACAUUAUUUGUCUCCAUCUGCAAAAAAAUGUACUGCUAAUAACAUGUCUUCCCACUUUAAAGAAAGGAGGCUAGAGCCAGAGAGUGUGUUGUGUUAAAGUGCAAGAGAAGCAAACAUUCUGGCCUUGUGUAGAGAAGGGAAGGAUGAGACAGCCACAGACUUUCAGCUAUGGGGAUUAUGUGACUGAUUGGACAACCAGACUUCUGAAAAUUUGCCCAUCCUACCAAAUAUUAGACAUCAGAACUAAACAAGUAGUCCUCAGAACUCUUGAGUGCCUCAUUGUGAGGGAAAAUAGCUUAUGCAGACUCCCUCAUUUUAUCAUACAACUUGGCAUAAAAGGCUUGUAGCAUCGUGGCCAUUUCCUAUACAGAGAAGCUGGAACUGAGAAGCUCAAACCCAGCACAAGCUGAGCUGAGAACACAACCUUGCUGCAAAGCUCCACUUGACUUGACACAGUUCUGUGAGGAAACAAUCAAAUUUGAACUCUGUUUACCCUAAGUGUCUACUCUGUAAGAACUGCUUUAUAUGUGUGCAUAGGAAAGUCAUGACAGGCCGGGCGGUGGUGAUGCACGCCUUUAAUCCCAGCACUUGGUUGGCAGGGACAGGCAAAUCUCUGUGAGUUUGACAUCAACCUGGUCUACAGAGUGAGUUCCAGGACAGGUGCCAAAGCUACACAGAGAAACCCUGUUUAGAGAAAAAAAAAAAGGAAAGAAAAAGAAAAAAAUUAUGACAUUACUAACUAACCCUUCAUUUUCAAUGAAAGUCUUUUUUUUAAAAAAAGAAAUAAUAAUGGAAAUAAGUUUAUAUGUAAAUGAGGCACCAAGGAAAUGCCUAGAUACUUAGAAUAAUAUUUCCUCUUUCCCAUGGACUAGUCUGUCCCCACUCUGUGCUUCUGUCAUUGCACGUGUAUAAAGUCAAUUUUGUUGGCGACUGAUUACAGCUGUUCUGUAUUUUUAUAUUGUUUCAAUAAUUUUUACUUAUAUGAUUAUAACUGCUCUAACACAGAGCCAAAUACUUCAUGAACAUGAAAAGAAGACAUCUUAGUAUUUCUCCAGUCUUCUUGCUGGUUGGUCCUUGUCCUGCAUUAUUGGACUUCUGGUGCCUUUGGCUGUGAGCAGGAGACCACACAUGUUAUUAGUGAGGUUUUCUGGGGUUUUUUUUGUUUUGUUUUUUCAGUUUAAUUUCACUUCAGUUUCUUC